AUGUUGGUGUGGCUUGGAGCUUAUCUUGAUUUCAUCGGUGAUGACGGAUCAUCCAAAUAUCUAAGUCGUAUCAUCAACUGCUACUCACCAACAUCAGCAGCUGAUGAACCCGAAUUGGACGCGUUUUACGAAGAGCUGGAGGAAGUAAUCCGCAACGAGAAGUCCUUCUACAAAUUCGUUGUCGGAGAAUUCAACGCAAAACUAGGAAAGGGCACAGAAGAGGAAUACAGGAUUGGAAGAUUUGGACUAGGGGACCGGAAUGAAAUUGGCAAUCGUCUCGCCGGGCUGUUUUCUGCCGCUCGCCUCUUUCAUGGGAACUCUCUUUUCAUGAAAAAAGAUUAUCGUCGGUGGACAUGGGAAUCGCCCAAUGGCGCGACUCGUGCGGAGAUCGACCACAUACCAACCGGAGGUGGUGUCUACUUGACGGCUCAGAGAAAAGAAGUCGUCUACGACGAUUGCGUACUCGAGAAAUCCUUGUCCCAAGGUGACUGGCACAUCGAGGAUGACCCAAACGUGGACUACGAGAUGCUGCUUAGAGGAUUACGAGCCUGUGCUGAGCGUGCCUCGAAGCCAUACACUACAAAUUUGGAUCGAAUUUCGAAGACCACCAAGGAAUUGUUGGAAAGAAGAAGGGCUUUGAGGCUUGAUCCGAUUGCAUCGCACAUUGAGCGGUUAGUAGCAAACACUAGCUGCAGAAAAGCAUUGCAGGAGGAUCUUUUGAAACACAGGCAGAAGAAGAUCCUGGAAGCAGCACAAAGAAGAACGAGUCUAAAGAAGUGCCGCAGGGAUCUCCGCGAAUAUAAUAUUCCGCUAGCAGCCUUGCUGAGCGAAGACGGGACUUGUACGUCUUCUCGUCGUGAGAUGGAAAUCAUUACGGAGAGGUUCUACUCGAACCUUUUCCGUUCAUCAACUCCUGUGUCAAGCCCAAUCAUCCCCACUGGCGAAGCUCCACCACGGAUUCUCCCUUCGGAAGUACGAGUCGCUAUCAAGAGUAUGAAACCUGGCACAGCCCCACUGAUUUUAUAUCAGCAAACUUUCUUCGGGCUGAAAGGUGACCGAGAGGACCUUCGGAACUACCGUCCGAUAUGCUUGCUGAGCGUGUUAUACAAAGUAUUCACCAAGGUCAUCCUCACGCGCAUAUCUAGGACGCUGGAUGAAGCCCAGCCUCAAGAACAAGCUGGAUUUCGCCAAGGUUUCAGCUGCUUGGAUCACAUCCAGACCGUGUCGAGGGUCAUAGAGGUUUGCCAAGAAUACCGCCUGCCCCUUGUUCUAACCUUUGUCGACUAUGAGAAAGCCUUUGACAGUGUGGAAACGAAUGCAAUACUAAUAAUUGCUACGAUCGAUGCACGACUAGGAGCUUUACAGCUUUUCCACCGCCCUCUCACCAUAUCCAUUGGAAAAGGGGUACGACAAGGCGAUGCUUUAUCGUCGAAGGUGUUCACGGCUGCAUUGCAAUGGAUAAUGAAAUCACUAUCCUGGGAAUAA